UCAGUUCAGCAGGUUUCAGUGAAUUAAUUCUGUUUGUGUGUUUGGAAGUUCUUUGGCUUCUGUUCACGCUUGAUUUCGUUAUUGUAACUUGUUGGGCUUCUUUGAGGCCAAUGAGAACAACGAUUUUGUUGGCUGUUGUCAAGGGGUGUGUUGGUAUGUUUCUUGGAACUGGAUUUGGGGGAGAAGGUUAUCAGCAACUGAUAAGGACUGCGCUUAAAAGGCUAGCUAGAGAGUUUAGAGUACUUUAUACUAUCAAACAAGAACAAUAUCAGAAAACGAAAAGGAAGAGGGGUCUUGAAGAAUCAUGCUUCUGGGACAAAAGGUCAAUGUUUCAGUUGUUAAUUUAUUUGUUGUGGUAGCAAUUGUUUGUAUACCACUUUCAAACCUGGAAUCCCACUCGCACAACAGCUGGAGCGAGACAGUUCGCUUCAGGCACCUGUAUGCUGCCAGGGCAGGAGUACAUCUUCUGAUUCGAGAAGAUGGACAGAUUCUCGGCUCUGCGGAUCAAACUCUGUACAGCUUGCUGGAGAUCCGCCCAGUGGAUCCAGGCUGUAUUGUAAUCAAGGGCAUUGAAACUGCACAGUUUCUUUGCAUGGAAGUUGAUGGAAGGCUGUACUCAUCGCCCAUCUACAGCAGAGAUGACUGCACUUUCAGGGAGCAAAUCUUGCCAGAUGGAUACAGCGUCUACAUCUCUGUCAGGCAUGGAGUACUCCUUAGCCUGGGCAAUCAUCGGCGGCGGCUGCAAGGCAGAGACCGCGGCGUCCCAGCUUUGGCUCAAUUCCUGCCUCGAAUCAGCACAGCGGAUCAGGCAUCAACUCCGGCACUGCAGUCCUUUCAUCACCCGAGCCAGGAGGCAUCAGAUGCAACAGAUCAAUCACUUGACGCGGUCGAAUCUUUCGGUGUGCUCGCAAGGACCGUUCAUAGCCCCAGCUUUCAUAAGCGAUGAGAAAGCAGCAUUGAGACAGCCAAAAAACCAAAGGUCGACUGCUCAAUGUCUGUUGCGCCCAGGGAGGCUGCUAUGACAUCCGGUCGGCUCAGUGAAGUCCAGUCUGACCAAACGGAAUCGAACAGAUGGGGAAUGGCACGUGCUUCUCGUAAGCUGUAAAAAUCAAACCAAUCACUGGGAAAGUGCCUACGAAGGGAAUGAAUGAACGGCUGUUUGGCCCUAAAUCCGCCGGGAUAGGUUUUAGCUUCCCUGUGAUCCGAAGAAGGAACAAUGGCGUGUAUAUACAGUCAAUGGAUGGAGGAUGUCGUAACUAGAAUAUGUAUUUACCUUUGCAUUUGCUCCUGAAAUUAGAGGAUCUAAAAUGCUAAGGAAAUCAAGUCAAGACCACGAGGUACUACUCCCGUGGAUGUGAGGCCAUAUCUUGUAUGGGUCUUUCAUCCUGGAAUAUAGGAGGAUGCAGAUCCCACCGCGUUAUCACUAAUGGUGAGGUUCCUGCAGAAAUGCCAAACGAUCCUGGAAUAGGCCAGAGAAGAGAGCGAAAUGGUCUGUGACCGAGUCCAAAAGUCGCCAACCCUUCCCACUUGUUGACUGUCCCAUUCGCGCAACUUGGGAGUUACACUCUGAUGAUCGUGCUCCCUUUCUUAUUUUUUUUGGAAGUAAGUAAGAUCACAUUGUACUCCCUCGAGGCUGAGAGCAGGAUACAGAAAUAUGAAUGGAGACCUUGUAAGCGCCAACAUCUUCAAACAUCUCACUGAAGAGGAGGACAAACUGAGGACAUGAUGCUGUAUCCCCCCCCCCCCCCCCCCCCCCCCACACACACCUUUAGCAAGGUAAUAUGGAAUGCUGCUGGUGUUGCAAAUAUUAUUAAACCAUAAGUACAAUAACUAAUGUGUUAAUUCAUUGAUUUCCUACACCCCUUAUCCAGUCAUGAAAAGCCUAUUUGAGCCAACUGAUUCAGAGGCAAUGUAUACUUCUUCCCCUUGUUGCACUAAAAUGAGAGCAUCAUAAAUCAUUUUAAGACAUUUUGCAUUUUUUUUCCAUUUAAAUUAAAAAUAAAUGCAUUUCAGGUGACACAUUUCUGUUCUUUUCAAGAGCAAUUCCAAAACUGCUCAGCCUACUAACAGCAAAGUCACAGCUGUAACAUCAAUCAAAGAAAUUGGCGGAGUUGGCCGGGUUUGGCACUGAACCACGGCUAAUUGUUAUUAAAUGGGCAAAAUGUCUUCGCUGGUACACACGCCUUUUAAAAAAACGGUCCAAGUGUCUUGAAGUUCCAUCUUAGCUUCAUUCGUCCACUUCUUCACUACUUUCACCAUUGACAAAAAAGCCAUGUCACUGUGACGCAGAGUGUGGCAGAAUGUGGAGUCUUUACUGGUCUUUGUGAGGAGAUGAAGCUCGUCCAGAGAGUGGAGAUUUGCAAGGUGAAUCGAUGGAAGCGGCGUUCGAAAUCCUCGCACCUCGCUUACCCCGAUGCCGUCGACGCCUCGCAGUCGCUGCGCCGGUCAACCGGUCAACCGCUUUCAACCGUUUUGGGGGUCCUCGGCCUGGAAAUUUGUUGAAGGCCCUUGAUAUAAAACAUUUAAAAAAUGACAGCGGCCAUUGUAUCGGCUUGGAGAAGCAGCACGUUAUCGGGUAAAAAAACAGUUUUUGUGCAUCUGUAAUUAUUUUGAUAAUCGAUAAUCACUGAUGGCGUAGCGGUCCACUCGCCUGACUUUGGUGCGGGCAGCGCGGGUUCAGUUCCCACUCAGCGACGGCGUGAACGUGAGUGCGAAUGGUUGUCCGUGUCUAUAUGUGCCCUGCGACUGACUGGCGACCAGUUCAGGGGUGUAGUCCGCCUUUCGCCCGAAGUCAGCUGGGAUAGGCUCCGGCGUCCCGCGACCCGAACCGGGAUAAGCGGUGUUGGAAAUGGAUGGAUUCAUCUGUCAGUUCUUUUUUUUUUUUCAAUGAAUCAAUGAAUCGGAUCCCCCAAAAAAUAUUUCCAUUCCUUUAUUCAAAAACAGGACAUUAUUUCAAACUGACUGUGCAGAAAAUGCAUGAAAAUGUAU